UCCAACAUUUGUCUCGUUUUCGUGGUUCGUGUUUAAGUAGUUCGUGUUUCUUCAAGUUUUGUUAAUAUUUUUUAUUUUAAAUAUUAUAAAGGGCAGUGAGAAAUCGUAAAAGAAAGUAGGCUUUAUAAUUCAAGCCGUAACGAAUAAAUUUGUUCCAUUGAGCUUAGGUUCCGGGACAACGACGAACGUUAAGUACACAAACAAAAAUGAAUAUCCCCAACGAAUACAUUUCGAAAACGGAGGAUGUGGCGGAUCAGGUUAUUCGUCGUGGUAAAAAUAUCCUGCCUACAGUCGCCCGUCUGUGUUUAAUAGCGACAUUUUUUGAAGAUGGUUUGCGCAUGUAUUUUCAAUGGAAUGAACAACGUGAAUAUAUGGAUAUGAGUUGGGGAUGUGGCAAGUUUUUGGCGACAGUUUUUGUGCUUGUGAAUUUAUUUGGACAACUAGGUGGCUGUGUAAUGGUAAUCGCUAGAUUUAAGGUUGAAAUUGCUGUUGGAGUGCUUUUCUUCAUUGUAAUUCUACAGACAAUCGCUUACUCUAUCCUUUGGGACAUACAAUUCUUGUUGCGCAAUCUGGCACUGCUUGGUGCAUUACUGCUUGUUUUAGCGGAAUCACGUGUGGAAGGACGCAGUCUAUUUGCUGGUGUGCCCUCACUUGGUGAGAAUAAACCCAAAAAUGUAAUGCAGCUCGCUGGUCGUAUACUGCUCGCAUUUAUGUUUAUUACACUAAUUCGUUUCGAAAUGAGCUUCCUUCAGAUUUUAUUAGACAUCGUCGGUUCAAUUUUGAUGGUUCUGGUAACAAUCGGAUAUAAAACAAAAUUGUCUGCACUCAUCCUCGUAGCAUUAUUGACUGUACUCAAUUUGUAUCAUAACGCGUGGUGGACCAUUCCUUCUUAUAAACCACUUAGAGAUUUUCUGAAAUACGACUUUUUCCAGACGCUCUCCGUCAUAGGCGGUUUACUAAUGAUUGUGUCACUGGGUCCAGGUGGUGUAUCAAUGGACGAACAUAAAAAGAAAUGGUAGACGGCCAUGGUGACUUAGAGCAUCCCCAUGCACAGGAGAGAAAAUGUUUAUUUUUAUUAUUUUAUAUAAAUGUAUUUCUUUUUGUUUCAUAAAUUAGACAACUUUUGAUAAUAACAAGCGAUAAACAACAACCAUAAAAUGGAAGAAAUUAUGAUAAAAGUAAAUUAAAGAAAAAAAAAACACAAAUAAAACAAACAAAAAACUUAGAGAAAUAUCAAAUCGUGGUUAAUUCCACUAUGCGUUCAAGACAUUUCUUUAUAGCAAAGGACUUUCUAUAUUCACAAUAAUGUCUUUUACAUUUGUAAAGUAAACGAUGUAAUAUAAUAUAUGAUCGACGUCAGCUCGUAUAAACGAUUUCA